CAGGACAAGAUGAGAAUUAACCUCACACUGAUUAGAUAACCUACCGUAACCUGCGUCCUACGCUGAGACCUGAGUCGAAGUGGAUCGAAUCUCAUCGUAUUGGAUGCACGGAGUAGAUAAGAAGUGGAUAAAAUAAACGAGGUGCAUGUGAUAACUGGCUAGUCAAUUGCUCCGUACACGAGAUAAACAACGCUCGAUUCGCGAGUAACCCACGAAGAAAGCAUCAUUUUCAGUUCGAUACGACAGAGCGUUCGGUUAGUUUGUGCAAAAAUGAAUGUUAAACAACCACCCCACGUUCUAUCCGUUCAAAGCCACGUUGUUUCGGGAUACGUCGGUAACAAAAGUGCAACAUUUCCACUACAGUUACUGGGCUUUGAAGUUGAUCCGAUCAAUUCUGUCCAGUUGACCAAUCAUACCGGAUACAAAUGUGUCAAGGGUCAAGUAUUGGACUCAAACGAUUUAGGUGAGUUGAUGGUUGGCCUGAGAGAGAAUGACCUAGACCAUUACAGUCAUUUGCUGACAGGCUAUGCAGGCUCUGCAUCUUUUCUAAAAACAAUAGCAAAACUCGUAACAGAUUUGAAAAAGAAGAACCCAAGCCUGAUAUACGUUUGCGAUCCUGUUAUGGGCGACAAUGGCAAAAUGUAUGUGCCUAACGAAUUGCUGGAAAUUUACAGGGACGACAUUAUUCCGCUUGCUGAUAUUGUCACACCGAAUCAGUUUGAAUUAGAACUUUUGACAGGAAGAAAAGUUAAUAACAUAACGAAUGUUCAAGAGGCGAUAAAAGAAUUGCACGCAAAGGGACCUCAAACUGUUGUCAUUUCUUCUACAGAAAUUGAUAAGAAUUUAACCACCGUUGCCAGCACACUGAAAGAUGGAGUCAUGAUAAAGCUGGAAAUUCCACGACUACCGGCAGCUUUUACUGGGUCCGGUGAUUUAUUCGCUGCGCUUUUCCUGGCCCAUUCUCAUCUUCAAGGCAGUAUCAAGCCAGCCCUAGAAAAGACAGUCAAUACUUUGUACGAGGUGUUGAAGAAAACUCACGAAUAUUCCAAAGGUCCACACGAGGAUUCAGCGCAAUCUGCUAAGAAGAUUGAACUGCGCUUGAUCGAGAGUAAAAAAGUCAUUGAAAAUCCAGGUACCGAGUUAGUGGCUGAGAUUUUAUGAGCACCCGAAAAUUGAAUUAGGUAGAAUUAUGCAAGCCGUAUUACAACUAUGGUAAGCGCAUCAACGUGUUUGGCAUUGCUUAAUUUCCAGCUACUGUGAAUAUUUAAAUCAUGGUCGCUGCAAAGCGUUUUAACGAAUUUCACGUAAAAUUUUUCCGCCUUCUACCCCCUCGAAACAAUCCAAGAUUUUCAAAUCCAAUAUAAUCGUCAAUAAUAAUGUUGAUAAAAUCGUUGUGUUUGCGCAUUGUAAUCACCGCGUUUAGGUAGAACCGUAGUAGCGUUUAAUGUUUAUUAUAUCUUAUCGUGACUGUUUGUCGCUCAAGUCAUUAUUAGGUGAUUUCAUUUGCCGUAGGAACGCACGCGAUCAAGACUCACUAAAGAUAGUAAAAAUUGAUGUUUAACAAAGAGAAAACGAUGUGAGAACAAACAGAUAAUUAAUUAAGAGUUUAUCAGGUUGAAAAAAAAAUUAACAAACACGCUGCAGAGAUUUACAUCUUACGUAUUUUAUGGAGACAGUAGAACAAGGGUAGGGGUAUUAUCAGUAGUAGUAGCCUAAGUAUUGGUGUUCUUUAAGGUCUUAGAAAAAAAUUGUAUUUCAUUGUUAUAUACAUACGCUAUCGAUCUGAACAAUGACCAACGUACCAGUCUUCCAUUCGCGAGAGAUAAAUCGCUUCUUUGCAACUAGCUACGGGGCACAAAAAAAUUAUUUUUUAUUACUUAAUGAAGUACAUAUUUGUGUGAGGGACAAUACAUUACAAUUUCAGAAGCGUUUCAACUUUCUAUAAGGGUCCAUAAUACCUUAAUUAAAAUAUACAUAUCUAUACAUAUGUGUAUAUAGAUUAUAAAUAUAUGUAUAUUCGGGCGGGUUUUUCCCAACUUGUUUCGAAUAACAUCAUUCGAUACUUGGUAUAGGUUCUAUUUAUUAUUGUUAGCAAAUGACGUUGAUAGUGAUAUUUUUAUCUUUAUUUUUAUUUUUUUUAUUUUUUUUUGUCCAGAUUAUAUAUAUUUAUAUUUCGUUAAGUUUUAACGACUGAUAAAUUUUACGGUGUAAAAAUCGAAUCGGAGGAGACAAUGGAUCUUUUAAAACAGUCCUUCACUCUAUUCACAAGUAGAGUAAUUCCCGUUGAGAUGGUCCACGGUAGAGUCCAAUACGGUAAAGUACAAAAGAAACUAUACUGUUAACCAUAUCUUGGCUAUGGCCAUUUCACCUUGAAUUACCCUACCUAAAAGAAGACAAUAAAAAUUAAAGAACUUAUUUCACACAACGCAUUGUGAUGGCAGAAAUAUAAAAGAUGUAAAACACCGAAUAACGAUUGUUUAUUCGCAUUAACUUGCCGAAACCACUCAAAGUGUACGCAUUUUCCGUGUCUUUAAGAGAAUAUAGAAUGUAUAAUAUAUCGUCUCCUAGGAGGAAGGUCACAAAUAAAUGGAUGAAGUGAAAAUUUAUAGUAUAAUUCCAAAAGUGUUUGUCAAUUUUCGGAAAUAACGUACAUAAAUGACAAAAUCGAAAGCCAAGGACAGGCAUCUAUACGAAUACUACUUAUAUCGUGCGAUACGCGUCGUCCGACCUCUCAUUCGGAAAACAAAAGUAUGUACACGAAACGCUGAAAGGUCGGUCGAGAGUCUAAACGUGAUCUGAGUGUAAAAUUAUGUUGAAGAGAGCAACAGAAAGACAGAGAGAGAGAGAGAAGUAAAUGAAUAAAAUGAUGAAAAAAGG